AUGGCGCCGAGAACCGCUGGUGUGGAAGGACAACCGCCGACCGCCACCGUGAAUGCUGGAGAAAGCAGAGGAUGUACCGACGCUGCCGCCUUGCCGGCAGCUAACAACAACCAAGGUGAGAAAGAUGAUUUGUACACACACUUAUGGUAUGCGUGCGCCGGGGCGAAUGUUUACGUUCCCCGCCCCGGCGAGAAGGUUUUCUACUUUCUUCAAGGUCAUAUGGAACAGGUUGCGGCAUAUGCAAAUCAAGACGGUGAAAUGGAAAUGCCAAGAUACAAUUUGCCUCCCAAGAUCCUCUGCAAUGUUGUAUGUGUUCAACUCAAGGCUGAAGUUCACACAGACGAAGUGUAUGCUCAAAUCACCUUGCUCCCUGUGACCAAGCAAGACCAGCUAAGUUUAGAGGAAGAAAAUACUCCACCCUUGCCUCGGCGAACCAGUACACUAUCCUUUAGCAAGACACUUACCCCGUCAGACACAAGCUCACACGGUGGAUUCUCAGUUCCGAAGCGACAAGCUGAAGAAUGCCUUCCAGCUCUGGACAUGUCUCAGCAACCACCGGUACAAGAUUUGGUAGCAAAAGACUUGCAGGGAAAUGAAUGGCAUUUUCGCCAUAUAUAUCGAGGUCAGCCAAGGAGGCACUUGCUUACUAGUGGUUGGACUACGUUUGCGACUGCAAAAAGACUUGUUUCUGGGGAUGAAUGUAUCUUUGCCAGAGGAGAAAAUGGAGAACUGCGUGUUGGCAUACACCGUGCGACCAAAACACAAGAUACUGCAUCAGCUUCUCUCAUUUCUGGCCACAGCAUGCAGCAUGGCAUACUUGCGAGCGCUCUCCAUGCCAUUUCUACUGGUACCAUGUUUACUGUUUACUACCGUCCAUGGACAAGUCCUGCUGCAUUCAUAAUUCCUUAUGAUCGAUACGUGAAAUCAGCCGAAAUUGACUAUUCCGUUGGAAUGAGAUUCAGAAUGUAUUCCGAAGGUGAAGAAUGUGCAGAUCAGAAGAAGAGGUUGGAAGGAGCUAUUAUAGAUAUCGAGGACAACGAUUAUUUGAGGUGGCCCAAUUCAGAAUGGAGGCGUCUGAAGGUGCGAUUGGAUACCGCAUCAGAUACAUGCUUCCAUUCUGAAAGGCUCUCUCCUUGGAAUAUCGUACCUCUCAAACCUAAAAAGAGGGCACGUUUACCUGGUUUGCCAUCACCCGGGAUUUCUAGCUUGGCCAGGAAUGGCUCGUUGCUGAUUUCAGUUGAGUCCACACGUCCAAGAAAAAAAAAGGUCUUUCAAGGUCAAGAAACUAGUGAUCCACCUGCUCAUGGACUGCGUACACCAAAACAGCUAUUACAGUUCAUUCCACCCUCAAAUCCUGACUGGGACUACACACAGUUGGGAUUGGAAAACAAUCUCAACGUUCCAAUGAACGACUCACUUUAUCAAUGUCCUGGCAGUCCAAAAGCUCCAAGCCUUACUAACCAAUGGCCACCAAAGUUUGGUUUUGGAGUAUUUGACAGCGGCGUGUGUAAAAGAAGCAUGUCAGUUCCAAAUAUUUGGUCCUCGGGGUCCCAGAAAUUGAGAACCUUCGAACUGAGGAACGAGACUCAAUCGCCACUUGUCCAACCCAAGACCACAAUGCUUUUUGGAGUCAAUAUAGUUACUAGUUACCCGGAGCUUCCUUCACCCCAAGUUGCCAAUUCUAUUGAACUUUAUAGUCCUUGUUCUACUCCUCCAACGUAUCAUUCAAGUGUUUCUGAAACAAUCCAGCUGUCAGAGACAUCGAAGAGUAUCUCUGGUGUUCGGUCAGAGAAACAAUGCAGGAAAUGUUGCUCUGUCAGUCACAGGAGUUGCAUAAAGGUGCUCAAACACGGAGCUCCUGUUGGAAGAUCGAUUGAUCUCACGCACUUUGAUGGUUACAAUGAACUCAUUUGUGAGCUUGACCAGAUGUUUGAUUUCAAAGGAAGCCUGAUCGGUGGAAGCAGUGGAUGGCAGGUAACCUACAUGGAUGACGUCGGAUACAGGAUGCUGGUAGGAGAUUACCCGUGGCACGAAUUCCUGUCCAUGGCGCAGCGAUUGUUCAUCUGUCCAAAAAAUGAAAUCGACAAUCUGAAUGCAGGCUCCCUGAAUGCAGUAUCUGUCUAAGGAUUCACUAAGAGGUCACAAGUGUUUAUCUGCUCAUAUGAGAUUGCGCGCAAGACAGCGAACACAUGGUACCGGCAAACAUGUCUACUUGAAACACCGAUGUGCGCUUUGCGGUAUGUAUGCCAACGCAACCGUGACAAUUUGCUGUUCAAGGGUAGCAAUGCAGAUUCAGUAUGCAUGUUGUUUAAGUUAAACCAAAAGCAUAAAAAUAUCGUUGUUUGUUGUUUGAAGAAUGCUAGUGUUUUGUGAGACAGGAAGCCUAAGAUUUUACCAU